GAAGAGUUGAGAGGGAGCCUGAAUUAUUAUACCUGUACGAGGAACCUGACUCUGUGCUUCUGUGAUUACAAGAUGGAUCCUUUACUACAGAACACAAUGAUCAUACUGGUCUUCAUCUUUCCAGUCCAUGUUGUUGCCUAUAAGAAUGGCAUGAUUCAGCCUGCAUGUAUUGACAUGCAUCCUCAGCAUAACGCUAGUGCUCAGACUAGCUCUCCUCCAUUCAGUCUGACCCUGUCGAAAUAUAACUACACAUCAGGAGAAAAAAUCACAGUAACCCUAAAAAAUACAACUGCUGAUUCUGUAAUUGAAGGAUUCUUAAUCCAAGCUCGUGAUGGAAGCAGUACUACCCCUAUUGGUUCUUUUCAGGUCAGCGGAAAUGAUGUGCAGACGCUAACUUGCACCACUGCAGCGAGCGCUGUGAGUCACACAUCAGAUAGCUCAAAAGCACAAGUACAGGUGACGUGGGUGGCACCAAAUGCCAAUUAUACAAACCUCCUGUUCAGGGCUACUGUUGUGCAAAAUGCAACCAUUUUCUGGGAAGGUGUCGUAAGCAACAAGCUCACAUACUCUGGAUCCCUUCAUCUGGUUCCUGCCUUUAGCCAGACGCUCCUGUGUCUCUCUGCUCUGUUCGGUUUCCUGUGCAUGCUGUGAUGGCCUGAGACUACUACAGAGAAUAAAUGACAAAUCCCAGGAUAUUCUUCUGUACAUUUGUGUAUAACAUGCAUGUGUGUUCAUUGAGAAAAUUGAGAAAGAUAAUCAGGAAUUUAUCUUGCUAUCAAAAAUAUUUUCCCCUUGACUUUUUAGCGAUGUCCUAUGUAAUGUGUCACUUUACCACUGAGCAUUCCAACAUUUAAAGGGUGGAAUAUAUCAUAAGGGAAACACUACAAAGCUGUGGAUAACGUCAUACAUAAAGCACACCUAUAGUGAGUUAUUGAAAGUAAUGGCCUUCGCAAGGACCAAAUUAAAUUACAGUGAUUUUUCUAAAAAAUUGAUUUUUAUGAUUUAA